AUGGGCUUUGCAAGAGCAAGCACACUGAUAGUUAUUUUUGUGUUCGUUUACGUCACAAUCAGUUUGGCAAAACCUUUGUACGAGUGUUCUGAUAAUGAGUGUCGCUUUGAGGUAAAACGGGAUGAAGUCAUCACGGAUGGAAAAUCGACAAAAUUUGCUCUGACUGCUGAAGAUGGGCUUAUUAGUGUGGAGUUUUAUGAUUCGAGUUUGCCUACAAUUCCGACAUCGCUUUUCGAUGGUGAAAAUGGUAACAGAAUAAACGAAUUGACCGCAUCUAGAUCGGGUGUGUUGGCCAUACAUCCAGAUACAUUUGGUCAGGCGCAUGCGUUGCAAAGGCUCGUCUUGGAUGAAAACCUCAUCAAGGAACUGGACCGUAAUCCGUUUGCGAAUGCAACAAGUUUGAUAAUCAUCCGAAUUCGGAGCAAUCAGAUCGCCACUAUCGGCGAGUCCACCUUCCAAGGAUUGUCGAGGUUGGAAGACAUUGAUUUGGAUAAAAACAACAUACGAAAACUUCCUCCCAAGCUGUUCGCUGGCCUAAGAAAUCUGCAACGGAUAUCUUUGAUUCAAAAUCGCAUCAGGAAUCUGGAGGAACAUCUGUUCGACGAUCUGCUAUCGUUGGAAGAGCUUUACCUGAAUAAGAACGACAUCGAAAAUCUCAGCAACAAAGCCUUCGUUGGUACACCGCAGCUUAUAAAUCUCGAUUUGCAAGGGAAUCGGAUCACUUCAAUCGAUCCGGAAGUGUUCAAGCCAUUGGUAAAGUUGGACCAUAUGAAUUUGAACUCGAACAAUCUGAAGACUCUCUCACCGGAAACAUUCUCAUCGCUCCGUCUGCUCACUUAUCUGGACUUGGGAAAUAAUUUGUUGCAAGAACUGCCCAAAAAAUUAUUUCGUGAUACAGUUAAUCUUCAAAGAAUGUUCCUGAGCAAUAACGCAAUUACUCAUCUUGAUCCUGACACUUUUAAGACAUUGAGAAGCUUACUAUCAUUGAUGUUGGAUUCCAACCGGUUAAAAACAUUACAUGUGACUUUGUUUAACAGCCUGACCGAGUUGGAGUACUUGCGGUUGGCUGACAACGAUCUACGUCACAUCAAACCCGGCACAUUUGAUCAUUUAACGAAGCUGAGAAUACUUGGACUAAAAAAUAUCGGUAUAUCGUCCAUAGAUGAUGGCACGUUCCGGGAACUCGAAUCCGUUUGGACACUUAAGCUAAGCAACAAUCAUAUCAAAGCUUUAUCAAACCGCUCUCUGGAAGGAUUGAAACAACUGUGGUUACUCGAUUUGGAUGGUAAUGAAAUCAGGACGAUCGAUGAGGGUGUUUUGUGCGCGCAUGAACUAUUGGUGACCGUAACGCUCAAGGGAAACAAGCUUAGUCAUGUGCCCCCCGAAGCAUUCAACUGUUUAAAACAGUUGGGAAACCUCAACCUCAGUGGGAAUCGUCUGCAAAACAUUUCGUUGUCGCUCGAAAAUCUAGCCAAGCUCGACAUGUCCAACAAUCGGCUCCGCAACCUAUCGGAAGAUCUUUUUCUGGGAGUGACAAAUCUUGAAGAGCUGAAUAUGGAUAAUAAUCAUCUGGAGGCCAUCCCGAACGGAAUAACGAAACUGUCGUCACUGAAAACAUUGUCUCUGAGAAACAACAAAAUCAGUUCAACCACUGUUGAUAUCGAAUGGCGGUCUUUGUCUCGACUGUACCUGUCAAAUAACGAGAUUGAACACAUUUCUGUAACACAAUAUCCACACUUGGGGUUAUUAGACCUCGAAAAGAACCGCAUUACGAACAUUCCGGAGGGUACAUUUGCUGGAACCAACUUGCAAGAAUUGAAUUUAGCGGAGAACCGACUAACUGGACCAUUAGAAAACAGCUUUGUACCUGGCCUGAGCAGCCUCGGCAACGAUUCUAUUGAAAACCUAUCCAUACUGGACACUCUGGAUCUAUCUGGAAACACAAUUUCCGAAAUUACAGCUAACAAUUUGGAUGGCAUUAGUGGGUUGACAGGAUUCUACUUAAACGACAAUAAUGGAGUGAGCAUUGAAGAUUUGAGUGGUUUAAAUAAGUUCAAUCAACUGGAGGAACUUUCGAUUUCUGCGGAUAGUUGGAUAGUUCCCAAUAAUUUUCUGAGUAAUAAAACAUCGCUCAAGAAGCUGUACAUGCAGGGCUCCCGAUUUUCCAGCUUGCCAGCAGAUUUCUUCCAGGCCUGUUCUAUCUCAUUAGAAGUUUUAACGAUAUCAAACAACAACGACCUAUCGACGCUUCCCACACGUUUCUUCAAAGAUGUCCCAUGGCUUCUGGAGCUGACGCUAUCAAACAACAACCUGACCACGUUGGAGCCGAAAGUAUUUGAUUCUGUGUUUAAACUGAACUAUUUGGAUCUUUCAAGCAAUCCGUUGAAAACGUUAGACAAAGAUUUGUUCCAGGAAACCAGCAGACUCGCGACUCUGAAGCUACAAAAUAUAAAGGUUACUAACCUUUCGAUUGGCAUUUUUGAUAGUCUUGACCAACUGAUCACCCUGGAUCUGAGCAGUAAUCAACUAUCUACACUGCCAAAUGGAAUCUUCCAUAAUCUGUUCUUUCUAGAAAGCCUUUCAUUGGAGCACAAUGCUAUCGAACAGUUGGAUCCUGGCGUUUUCGAUGGAGCUUUGCGGUUGAAGAGCAUCUUCCUCGGCUACAACAAGUUAAGCACUCUUCACCCUCGCCUGUUCAGCAACUUGUUGCGAAUUGACACACUAAAUCUGGCAUACAACAAGUUCGUGAGCUUCGAUCUGACGACCACAGACUUCCAGGACACACUGAAAAACCUCAACAUAGAUGGAAACGGCCUUAUGUCGCUGAAAAUCUCACCAACCCUUGGGAUUUUAUCAGCAGCUGACAACCAACUGUCCGCGAUCGAAGUUAAUCAAACGAGCGGCUUAUUCAGCGCUCUUACCCAGCUUUCCGCCCAACGCAAUCGGUUCAACAACUUUAACAAUUUUGUGCAGUUCAAAUCUCUGGUCGAUCUGGAUGUCUCCUUCAACUACUUUAACGAGCUGGACAUUGGCACUAUCUCUACGAAGCUGCAGGAUCUUCGCAAGCUGAACGUAUCGAACAGUCGCGUACAACAGAUAAUAUCGGAUGGAAUCAACACUCAAGAGAAUCUUACCCAUCUGGACAUUUCGAACAACAAUCUUACGAGCCUGGAAUUGAAUGCAUUCGAAAGGUUCUCCUCGUUGGAGCACUUUAUCUUCACUGGAAACUAA